AUGAUAUUACUAAUUCUAAUAGCUUUGAUCGCUAUUUAUUUAAUGUAAGUUUUUGUUGGUUUUAUGACUUUAAAAGUAUUUUUCUCAAUUUACAUAGUACAUACUAAGCAAUAUAGUAUUCAUACCGAAAAUAGUGUUGACAGAAGGGCAAGUACAUUAACUUAAACCUUUAUUUUCCGUUUUUAGUCAAGCCAUCUACCAAUCUAAAUAUUGGUCUCGCGUUGGUGUACCAGGCCCUCCAGCAGUGCCAAUCUUUGGAAAUACUUUUACUCUGAUGAAAAGUAAGAUAGCCUACGCCUUUAGAAUAGCAGAAUGGACAAAACAAUAUGGUACUACUUUUGGUAUUCAAAAAGGCAGAACCAACAUUCUGGUCACAAGUGAUGCUAGCAUUAUCAGAGAUGUCGUGGUGGACAAGUUUGACACCUUUUAUGCUAGAGAAGUGAGUAUAUAUUUGUUUUAGAGCGUUAUCGUAAACUACGGUAGCUGAUCUGUUGUUUAAUUACAUUGAGUUGUUCAAAUAAUUCUGAGCUUCCAAUCUCGAAAGUUUGCUUUAAUAAGAGCACAAGAUUAUUUGAACAAUCUAAUAGGUUUGUUUAGCUCUUUAAUAUUAAAAUUUUAAUGUUUUAGACCCCACCAACUCGAGGUGACACUGAAAUCAUGCCAAGGACUGAUGUGUUCUCAGCUGCUGGCAAAAGAUGGAAACGACUCAGAGCUUUGUCCAGUCCAGCUUUUAAUGUUCAGAAUUUGAAAAAGGUAAGAGAUUGUACACUGAUUUUUAAAAACGCCACAAAAUUUUAAAUUUAAAAGUGAAAAAUGUAAAACAGUUUAGUUUAAUUCAAAGUAAAAUUGCACAAUUUAUAAAAUAUUUUAGAUUAUGCCAAUCAUUGAUGAUUCAGGAAACGAAAUGAUGAACUUCUUGGAACGAGAGUAUGCUCCAGGCAAGACAAUCAACAUUCAACCGUAAGUAAAAAUUGUAAAAACUUGAAUGACUACCGUCUAAAAUUAAUUUUUAGGUCGUUUUUAUAAACGUUGAAAAUCCAAAUUUAAAUACUAGAUUUAAGCUUUUAAAAAAUUUAAAAAUAUUAUUUUUUAGCUUUUUCUUUGAAUUCACAUUAGACGUGAUUUGUCGCGCAGCUUUGGGUUUUGAGAAGAGUAUGCAAUUCAAAAACCCCUACCGUCAAGAUCUGUUCUACUUUUUCCGUCAUUUAGCUCAUCCAGUCAUUGAUUUGUCUUGGGGCUUUCCGAAACUGUGGAAAGUCUUUCACAUGCUGGAGAUGUUGAUAAGAAGAUGUGAAGGUGUUGGAGUUGCCAACUUGUUUAUGGGUUUGGAAAAGGCUGUCAAUGAAAGAAAGGCCAGGCGGGUGAGGCAUAUUACUACUAUUUUUUUAAAUUUAAUCUUCAUUCACUUUUAAAUCUUGAAAUUAGUUUUUACAUUACUAUUCGUAUUAACGUAGUUUCUUUACAAUUCUACAUAUUUGUUAGUUUCCGUGAUUUUACUGUAAUAUUCUUAAUAAUAUGUAUAAUUCAGCUGGCUGGUGAUAUAAACGAAGAACCAGUCGACUUUAUUGAUGUCUUCCUGAACUACGAAGACGAAGUUGAUCUAUCCAAGACCGGAGAAGUCUACAAUAAAUCGAAUAUUCAUGUAGAGAAAAAGAUGUCGAUUGAAGAAGUGUACUCUAGCUGCUUCGUUUUCCUAGUUGCUGGGUAAGUUACUUUGAAUUUUGAAACAAUGACACAUAGUCAAUUAUUGUAGUCACAGAAUUAUGUGAACAGCCUAAUAUAUAUACUAUUUUUAAAGAUAAAUCCUUAUUAAAGUUUAAAUCAUGUAAAUCCAUAUUUUUAGCUAUGAUACAACAGCAAAUGUACUCAACUUUACGACCUUUUACUUAGCUCAAAACCCGAAAGUUCAAGAGAAGCUAAGAGCUGAAAUUGAAGAGAUUUGUGUUGACGAGGUAAGCAUAAAUAAACGGCUUACAGUAUGACCACAUACGCUUACAGUAUGGCUAUUAACGUACAAUCUGUUACUUUUCUAUCUAUUUCUUUGAAAGUUCGUAAAAGUACUAUGAUAUUAGUUGCAUUGCAUGUAGUUAUAUUGCGUACUCUUUAACCUUAAACUUUCAGACUCCAACGUACGAACAGCUAAACCAACUUCGUUACGCUGACGCCGUGAUGAAAGAAACUCUUCGUCUCACACCGAUUGCUUCACCGUAUGUUUUAACAAAUAUUUAAAAUUCAUUCGUAUUUUAAAAACUUUGAUUUAUUGCACUUAAUAUUAUACUGUCUAAUAACAUUUAUUAUUCCACUAGCCAUUCGUGAUUUUUUGUUUGCCAACGUGCUUUACUUUAGAGCCUUGGCACGUUUGUGUUCUCAAGAUACUGUAGUUGGUGACAAAAAGAUACCGGUAAAAAAAGGAGAUUGUGUUGAAGUUGAUGUAGUGUCCUUCCACAGACGAAAGGAUAUUUGGGGAGACGAUGCUGACGACUUUAGGCCAGAAAGGUAGUUAUAUUAUAAUAAUAUUAACCAUUUUUAACAUGAACGCUCACAGUACAAUAUCACACAGAAAAUACGUUCAACUAUUACUUUAGAUCAUACUUACAGUACCAAAAGCUAUACAUUACUGUACAUGAACACCUAAUUAUCGUCAUUUUCAGAUUCUUAGAAGACUGUAAGUCUGAACUCAACUAUGGUUUUGGUGGUGGUCCUCGUAUUUGUAUUGGAAUGAGACUGGCCUACUUGGAGGAAAAGAUGGCAUUGGUUAAGUUGUUGCGAAAAUACCGUAUUCACUCAGUGCCAGAAAAUGACAAACUUGAAAUAUGCAAUACUGUAGUGUUGACCACGGAUGACAUGAAAGUUCGAUUGGAAGAGCUGUAA